AUGUCACAACCUACCCAUCAAUCUCAGGACGAUCGCGAGCUUGCGGAUCGCCUAGCUGCUAUCAUCGAGGGGACCAAUCAACGCGUCAAACCCAUCAUCCAGAACAUUCGCUCGACCAUAGAACACUUCAAGUUGGAGAAAGAAGAAGAUCGGGACGAGCAGGAGCUCAUCGAUACCAUUCGACCGCUCAUUCAAGAGGCGGAAAAGGAACUCUACGAGGCCAAUGGCGCCGUACGAGGUGCCGAUCCGGACAACCGUCUCAGCAACCGCGCAACUCGCAAUUACGAGAACCACACUGCUACACCUGAAGAGCAGCGGCUUGCAGAUGCUCUGGGACAGCUGGCCAAAGACGUCGGCGGCACCAUCGAGUGGGCGAAGAACGAGCUUGACAGCAUACCAAAAGCAAAGCAGGACCUCGGCCCUCUCUUCGACGCCCUCGGCCAGCCUCUGACACAGAUCGUGGGCGCAGUGGGCCUCCUCGUGGGCGGCGUGCUCAACCUUCUCGGUAGAAUCCUGUCCGGAAUCGGGCUCGACGGGGCACUGAAGGAGAUCAUCGGCUCUAUUGGGCUCGACAAGAUCUUCAAAGCUGUUGGCGGUGACAAGUGGUUAAACGGCUUUCUCUAG